AGCAUAGCCGGAAUGAAGGAAUGGCUUCAUCGUAUUGGUCACUCGACAGCUGACAUCGACCGCCUCAACGUCAUCCAUGUCGCCGGUACCAAGGGAAAAGGCAGCACCUGCGCCUUCAUCGAAUCAUUCCUCAGAGCUUACGGGAAACGAGCCGGCUUCCCACGCAAGACGGGCAUCUACACAUCGCCGCAUCUCAUAUAUCCUGAGGAGAGAAUCCGCCUCGAUUUCCAACCCAUUGACCAGAACCUUUUCGCAAGAUACUUCUUCGAGGUGUGGAAUGCACUGACUGGAAGUUCAGAAACCUUGCCACGUUACCUUCAGCUUCUCGCCCUGGUCUCUUUCCAUACCUUUAUCAGAGAGGGCGUUGAAGCAGCCAUCGUUGAGACUCAUCACGGAGGCGAGUACGACGCUACCAACGUCAUCGAGCACCCCAUCUUGUCCGUCAUCACUACACUCGGGAUGGACCAUGUGAAGCAGCUGGGGCCUACCAUUGAGGACAUUGCCUGGCACAAAGCAGGCAUCUUCAAAACCGGAUCCCCUGCACUCUCGUCUCUCCAAGAAGCUUCUGCGGCCGAGGUUCUUAGGAGUCGCUCAUCAGAGAAAGGGGUUAACCUUGAGUUUGUCGAGUUGAACUCGACUCUCCCGGAAGAUGCACCCCAACUGAGGCACUAUGUACAGCGUAUUAAUUGCUCUGUUGCACUGGCAGCUGCUGAUCGUUUUCUCCGGGAAAAGAACGCUGGACCAUUGUCAUCCUCGGAUAAAGCCCAGGGAAUAAGUCAGUUUUCGUGGCCGGGUCGGUUCCAGCAUAUGGUACAGGAUAAGUUCAACUGGUUUCUUGACGGUGCCCAUAAUGAGAUGAGUGUUGUCAAAGCUGCUGAGUGG